AGAGCGUCUGCUAAAUGACUCAAAUAUAAUCGGAUAACCUGGUCGUUUGAUACUCGUCUGCUGCUAGCUGUGUCUCUGUGUAGACGUAUAUUAGUGGAGCAACCUGUGUCUGUGUAAGUGCUCUGAAACUUUAGCCAAGUGUGGAAUUCUAGUUGGUUAUUCUAUCCGUGUUAUUGUGAUGUCAUAUUGGGUUGACUGUGGAACCAUGUGAUGUCAUAUUGGGUUGACUGUGGAACCAUGUGAUGUCAUAUUGGGUUGACUGUGGAACCAUGUGAUGUCAUAUUGGGUUGACUGUGGAACCAUGUGGGUGUCAUAUUGAGUUGACUGUGGAACCAUGUGAUGUCAUAUUGGGUUGACUGUGGAACCAUGUGAUGUCAUAUUGGGUUGACUGUGGAACCAUGUGAUGUCAUAUUGGGUUGACUGUGGAACCAUGUGGGUGUCAUAUUGGGUUGACUGUGGGACCAUGUGGGUGUCAUAUUGGGUUGACUGUGGAACCAUGUGAUGUCAUAUUGGGUUGACUGUGGAACCAUGUGAUGUCAUAUUGGGUUGACUGUGGAACCAUGUGGAUGUCAUAUUGGGUUGACUGUGGAACCAUGUGGAUAUCAUAUUGGGUUGACUGUGGAACCAUGUGGAUUUCAUAUUGGGUUGACUGUGGAACCAUGUGGAUGUCAUAUUGGGUUGACUGUGGAACCAUGUGGAUGUCAUAUUGGGUUGACUGUGGAACCAUGUGGAUAUCAUAUUGGGUUGACUGUGGGAACCAUGUGGAUUUCAUAUUGGGUUGACUGUGGAACCAUGUGGAUGUCAUAUUGGGUUGACUGUGGAACCAUGUGGAUGUCAUAUUGGGUUGACUGUGGAACCAUGUGGAUUUCAUAUUGGGUUGACUGUGGAACCAUGUGGAUGUCAUAUUGGGUUGACUGUGGAACCAUGUGGAUGUCAUAUUGGGUUGACUGUGGAACCAUGUGGAUGUCAUAUUGGGUUGACUGUGGAACCAUGUGGAUGUCAUAUUGGGUUGACUGUGGAACCAUGUGGAUGUCAUAUUGGGUUGACUGUGGAACCAUGUGGAUGUCAUAUUGGGUUGACUGUGGACCCAUGUGGAUUUUAGAGCGAAGAUAUUUCUAUCCAUUAUAUUUCCAUGGUCUCCCCCCCGUCCCCCCCCCCCCCAACACACACAGUAACUGCAUAGUACAUUUUUAUAAACACGACAUUGUAGAAAAUGAAGUGAAGACAUCCGUGCUUUCAUGUUAAUCAAGUAACAAAAUGUAGUAGAAUAUCACUGUGGCAAAGACAUUCAGAAUUUAUCAUUCACACUUCUUCUAACCAUCAUAAUAAUUUCAUGCUGCCAUCCUAGUAAAUUUCAGUCAUUCUUGUAAGUAACCGAUCUGCCUGUGUGUGAAAGAAGUCUUUAUUGUGUAAUGUAAAUAUUGGUAUAUAUUGUUGUUGUUUGUGUAAAUAGUGCCCCCCCACACGGUCCUCAACUGUUGAUAUGAAUCGAAUGGCAUAUUUUUAUAUACUCGUGUGUGUUUUUUCUCCUCUGGCAUGUGCUGUCAAUCACGUUUAAAUUAUAACUGUCACAGAAUUACAAAAGAGAGAAACUAGACGGCUUCUAUGGUCAUACUUCAGUUGUCAUGGUUACUUCACAGUUUCUUCCUGUAGCUGUUUCUGUUUCGUCACUGUUGGGUUCUUCUUUGGAAUUAAAUCAUGUCACUGGUGCCAGACGACCUGGUGUCUGUAACAGUUCUUACUGCCGCUGGGAGUAGGAAUGUAUCAUGUGACAUCUGUCUGCACACCUUGUAGUUUUUCAGAGCCAGGAAGUGGAGAGUACUGAUCCAUGCACCUGGACAGGAACAACUCUGAAUCCUAACUUCUAAUUCAGGAUCUCAGGCAAGACGGCAUAUCACUACAGCAGCUAAUGUAGCAGAGGUGAGGACUCACACUCUCAUAAUGAGGUAGCCCUGCCUGCAACCUAAAAAUCUGUCACCCUCUGCCCACGAGAGGUUCAGAUCCCACCCGUGACACUAAACACCACCACAGUGUCUGUAAGUUCUCUGUACCAACACAGUGUAUCGUACUGGAAGGUCCCUGGAUGAAAUGGGCUUUAUACAAACCAUUCUCACACACAGCCAAGUCAACAUCUCUGAUGAAUGACCCUCAUUUGUGUGUUCGUACGAGGGGGCUGGGAAUUAAUGUCUACGCUCACACACUGGAAUGAAUGAAGACACACGACCGAUUUGAAACAUGUUGCGCAAUAGGCCCUCUGUCUGCCAGAAAUAAUGAGAUUUUGAUAGUGUGUCAUAGACUCAGUCACUAAUACUCACUCACUGUCACUCACUCAGUCAGACCAGUGGAACAUUUCAGAGAUAGAGAAUAUUAGGUUUUCACAAUCAGUGGAAAAGUUUAGGUAUUGAGUAAGAAUGUUAGGUUUUCACAAUCAUCUACUGUUUAAUGGAAUAAUGUUAGCUUUAUUAGAAUCUUCUCUUUAAGAGACUGUGUGUGUGUGUGGGGGGGGGGGGGGGGGGUAGCCUAUUUCAAUUUCAGGCUAUUUCUCGAAAUGCUGCAUCUGCAGGUUGAGGGAGGGAAUGUUUAUUAAAUCUCAAUUAUGGAGGGAGAGAUAAUGAGGACAGUGAAUUUGCAUCCCAUCCUUUUAGAAAGCAUUAUCUAAACCCUCUGAUGGUCAUGACAGGCUCUUUGACUAACACUGAACUUAAAUAUAAGAGCAACAUGUAAAGUGUUGGUUUCAUGAGCUGAAAUAAAAGAUCCCAGAAAUGUUC